ACAGAAGAGGAAAGGAGACGCAGAGAGAAGGGGUGGGAACAGCAUGUAAACCCAUUGAGAUCAUUCUGAGCCAGAGAAAGAAAAACAAAGGGGUGAAAAUAGAUUGUUAAAAUGUGUUGCUUCUGCUGGAGCUCCAGCAGCAGCGAGGAGGAAGAUUUCUAGGGAAAAAGCUCUGCAGGAUUCAGAUCUCAGUAUAAUUAGGAUCAGUUUCUGCUUUGGUCAGCUCUGAACCGAGAAGCAGCCGCAGGAAGUCAGAGGAAACUUCAACCUCGAGCUGCUCGUCCAGGACUUGAUGCUCUGCUUUCAGAUUUAGUGAAACCGGGAAGCAAAAAUGAACCAAACUGCAUCUGUUUCGCAUCAAAUUGAUUGUCAGCCCUCUAAGGAUAGCAAGGAGUUCGUGGACAUCAGCCCCCCUCAGAGGAACUGGAAGGGCAUCGCCAUCUCUCUGCUGGUGAUCGUGGUGGUUUGCUCGCUCAUCAGCUUGUCGGUCGUCGUCCUCACACCCACUGAGCUUCCUGGAAGCACCAAGUCCAGGUUGACUGUGGCAGACCUUUACAAACCAGAGUUCAAUGCUCAUGACCCUGAGGCCCAGUGGAUCAGCGAUUCAGAGCUGGUGUACAGGAACAGAGAUGGUCAUGUCAUCAAGUUCAACUUUGUCCUGAAUGAGACAGAAGUCAUUCUGAGUAACAGUACAUUUGUUGCUUUCAAGGUGGCGAAGUACUCUCUCUCUCCAGAUCUGAAGUAUGCGCUCUUUGCAUACGAUGUUAAAGCGGUGUACAGAUAUUCAUACACAGCCUCUUACAUCGUGUACAACAUCUACACAAGAGAAGUUUGGGAGCUCAACCCUCCUGAGGUUCAGAACGCCGUGCUCCAACAUGCAGCCUGGGGAAGGCAGGGACAACAGCUGAUUUACAUCUUUGAGAACAACAUCUACUACCAGUCAGAUGUAAAGAGCAACUCGCUGAGAAUCACCUCCUCGGGGAUGGAAGGAGUUAUCUUCAAUGGGCUCGCAGACUGGUUGUAUGAAGAAGAGGUUCUUCAUUCUCACCUGGCUCACUGGUGGUCACCUGACGGAGAGCGACUGGCUUUUCUCACCAUUAACGACACCCUGGUGCCGAACAUGGCUCUGCCUCAGUUCACCGGCAGCGCCUACCCCCGAGGCACGCAGUACCCGUAUCCCAUGGCCGGUCAGACAAACCCUGCAGUCAAGCUGUCGGUGGUCAACCUGUUUGGUGUGACACACAUUCAGGAGCUGCAGCCUCCAGAUCAGCUCAGACUCAGAAAUUUCUACGUCACCAUGGUGAAGUGGAUCAGUAACACGCAUCUCGCUGUUCGCUGGCUUAACCGAGCCCAGAAUGCCUCGCUGCUGACGGUGUGCGACACCACGAUAGGAGUCUGUCUUAAGAGACACGAGGAGUCCUCAGAGACAUGGAUCUCCAGACAGAGACAGGAGCCGCUGUUCUCCGAGGACAGGAGCAGGUUUUUCCUCACUCUGCCCGUCAAACAGGGAGGUCAAGGAGAUUUCCACCACAUCACCAUGUUCACCAAGAAGUUACGAAGCGACCAGGUUGAAGUUCGUCACUUAACAACAGGAGACUGGGAGGUGACGAGAAUUUUAGCUUACGAUGAAAAUAACCAAAUCAUAUAUUUCCUGAGCACAGAGUACGCUGCCAAACAAAGACAUUUAUACAGUGUGUCGACCCUCGGCUCGUUUCCACGGCAAUGCCUGACCUGUGGCUUGAAGGAGGGGUGUUCUUUCUUUGACGCGGACGUCAAUCCCGACGCACAGCACGCCAUCCUGUGGUGUAAAGGUCCUGGCGUUCCAGCUGUGCUGCUUCUAAGUUUCGACAACGUGGACUCAUAUUUCAUCCUGGAGAACAACCUCCCUCUGCAGUCUGCACUGGCGACCAGAAGGACGACUCUGACAGAUAUCCAGAUGAUCACAAAUGACAACUUUGAGCUGCCUCUGAAGCUCAUUUAUCCUCCUGACUUCUCAGAGUCUUUCCUCUACGGUCUUCUCCUCAUUAUCGGCAGCGCUCCAGGAGAACAGGCGGUGACUGAGGAGUUCAGGCUGGGCUGGGACUCGGUGCUAUCAGGAUCCGAGCAGGUUAUCGUGGUGCGGCUUGACGGCAGGGGAUCGGGCUUCCGAGGUCAAAGGGUUUUACAGCAGGUCCAUCAGAGGCUCGGCACGGUGGACGCAGACGACCAGAUAGCAGCUCUGGAAUACCUGGUAAAGCUGCCGUUCAUUGAUCGCAGUCGUGUCGGAGUCUUCGGAGAGGGAUAUGGUGGUUACCUCACGCUAAUGAUGCUGAAAUCAACUGAGAGACUGAUCAGGUGUGCAGCGGUUCAGGCUCCUGUCACUGACUGGACCAUGUAUGCCUCAGCCUUCUCUGAGAGAUACUUUGGCUCUGCUUUAACCGAAGAGAGCAGAUACCAAGCUUCCAGAGUCCUGCCCAACAUGAAAGGUCUCCAGGGAGGAACUCUGUUUCUGGUCCACGGCACUGCUGACGCAAAUGUUCAGUUCCAGCACUCAGCAGAGCUCAUCAAGCACUUAAUAAAGAUCGGGGCCAACUACACUUUGCAGAUCUACCCAGACGAAGGCCACUUCCUGUCAAGACGCAGCCAGAUUCAGCUGAGUCACUCCCUAAUUGGAUAUUUCAGAGGAUGCCUGCUCGACGCGUCGCCGUUACUCGACCAGCGGGACGACGACUGAGGUUGUUAGUGUGUUUCUGAGCUUGUGUGCCCCUGAUAGACUGAGCGUAUGUGUGUGUUGUGUUUUAUACCUGUAGCACAAUGUUUGAUGGAGAAAACAAGCUUCUGUGUGACAUAUCAAGAUUAGUUUCUACUGUUUGCCACAGUUCAGCAGCAGCUUUAACGUCCAGUAUCUGUCGUCAGCCUCAGAAUGAGAUUUUUAUGGGCUGAUGAUUCAUUUUGGUUUCAUUUGCAAAAUGUUGGUGGUUUCAACUCGAGUGGUAAUAAAGACUAAACAAACUGCAGAAUUUACAAUAGCUGGCUUCAUGACAGUAUCUACUGUCUGUACAGCCUUAUACCAGCGGCAGUGGUUUGGUUUCAUGGUGUCAGGUCAUGUUACACCUGUCCUGUGGCACCAUGUUUAUUAAAGGUGAGUUCAGUUGUCCCAGUUCAGCAAGAAGAGAAGCAACAUCAGAACCAGAAGGAAUUUGCAAAGGAAAUGUAAGUGACAAAUAAAGCAAAUAAAAGCUAGUGCUAAAUUACAAACAGUAUGUUGGUGUACAUUCUCAUCAUCUAGGUUAUGGUAAUGCUGAGAGCUUGAAACAAACCACUGAACUUCUUUUUCUUGGUUCUUGAAGAUGCUUCAUGUCUCACCUGAAAGGCCUGAGCUCUAACCAGUCGCUGGAGAGUUUUAAAAGGAAGACUUUUCCACAUGGUGGUGACUAAAUUCAGUUCAAUUUAGUUCAGUUCAAAACUGUUUUGGUCACAAUAAAUGCAAUUUAAUUUACUUCUUUUUGGUUAAAUUAAAUACAUUUCAGUUCAUUUAAAGUCGUUUCAGUUUAAUUUGUUUUAAAUCAAUUCAGUUUAAUUCAGUUUUAUUUAUUUAUUUAAAGUGCCAAUUCACAACAGUCCAUGUAAGACAGCAGGUCACUGAUGUCCCGUUAUAAUCCAGUUAAUACAAAUGUACUAUAUGAUCCACUUUAAUCCAAUUUAUGCCAAUGGUGUUGAUAUGAACCCAGUCAUAAAAUGAAUUGUCGAGCUAAGGAAACCAACAGAUUCAACCCUCUAUCCUGAGCUGCAUAAGGUGACAGCGGAGAGGAAAACUAGACCAAUUGGAGGUGGAGAAGACAGGACAGAGGGGUCACCAUGACUCUAAGCCAAGGAGGCCUGCUGAAAAAGAGAAAGACAAAUUACCCAGUGCAUCGUGGGUCGUCCUGCAGCAGCUUUGACCUACAGCGGCAGGACUAAAAGGAUGGAUCAGGGUCACCAAGCCAGGCCUACUAUAAGAUUCAUCAGAAAGGAAAGUUUCAGGGUGAUCUGAAGGUAGAGAGGGGGUCUGCUUCCUGAAGCCAGACUGGGAGCUGCUUCUUUGAGAACCUCUAGGAACCACCUACUGGUGGGAAAAUCUGGAGCUAUGAGAUCCUUAAGCCGGAGGUCCAGUGUGUGAAUUGUUAUAAAACAAGGCUCUAUUGUGGGUGCUGGGGAACUGAUAUCUUUCUUGAUGCAUAUAUGUUCUUCCCGUUUUCUCUCCAUCCUUGUAGGGGCAGUUUCAACCAAAUAGUGUGAAGGACUGAUGACGGACUAUGAUCAUAAUAACCUUUAUUGUGUGAAACUCCCCACAGACUUUCAGAUGAGAGAUGAAACAGCUUCAAGGCACAAGAAAAAAAAUCCAGUUGCCUUUAGAUCUUUAGAUCAUAAUUUCAACUGUUAUCAGCCCUGAUCCGAGUGAAUCGAACAAAGAAAAAACUAAACCCAGACCUGUUUCAGGCAAUGAAAUCAAAUGCGAGACAUUUGAACACAUUAGAAACACAUCUGCUGACAGUAAAUCCCAGCUGCCCUGUAUGAUGGGCUGACUGAACUUUAAAACCAGCUGGUGGAGCGGAUCGUCUCGUCUUGAUCUGCCAGUGCUGCUCGUCGUAACGGUGAUAAAUAUGCUUACCAAGUAGAUUUGAACACAAAAGGUCUUCACUCAACUUCUAUGGAGCACAUCUGGUGGCAUCUGUGCAGGAAAUAUUAUAAGUGAGGUCAUGUGUUACGUAGUGAGAAGAGCAAACACGGGGAAUGGAAUUUGAUUUCAGCUGAACUUUUAUUUAAUAGCAUUAAAAACUGACAUGAUGUUGUUAUUCAUGACAUUGGACAACAACUUCCGACUCAUUUAAUCCUAAAAAACGUCAAGAUAAACUAAAUUAAAUGCAACAAAGAAAUAAGUUUAAAUGCCUUUAAGUUUUUAUUAUUGUUAAUGUUUGCAGGGAAUGUUUUUGUGCCUAUAAUCACAUUUUCUUUUAAAGAAGCCAACUUUUUUCAUAAGUAUGAUUCAUGUUACACAGAUCUGGGUUGAAAGUUUUUGUAGAUUAAAUGAUGAUAAAACUUUAUUUCCCGGGGGAUCGGCUUGCAGGCGGUUCGUGGUGUGGGUCUUGUUCUGUAUGUGGGGCAGCUCAGCAGGUUUGAGUCAUCCAGCUUGUACACAGCAGCAGUGCUACACAAAUGUACAGUUCUUGAUGUGACAGGAUGUUUCUUUUUAACCAGUCAGUGUUGGUGUUCAUACAGAGAUUUGUUUUUAUUGCUUCCAAAGGUAUUUAUCAUUUCACACCUUCUUUGUGGUUGUUGUUUUCCAGAUGACAGUCUAAUAUGUAUAUUCUAGUUGCAGGCUUUUGUGUUAGUUUUACAUUAAUGUGUCUGUGUUUUGGUGAAUGAUUUUUGGAUUUAAAGUAAUUUCCUGGUUUUUUAUGCAACUUUUGCAGCAAACUUUGUGCAUUUCCAGCUGCUUCAGGUUGUAUUUUUUGGGAAAUAAGAGCAGGUUAAAGUGUUAUCCUUAAAGCCCUGCAAUAAAAGGCAUAACAAGUGUUAUGGCAACACA